AGACGUAGAGGGGAGAAGGAAAAAACAGAAAAAAAGAGAAACGCUUGGACAUUCCCAGGCUGGGGAACGGCGCGAUAGAGGAGGACUGUUCGCACGCAGUCUGCUCCGGAGGAGGGAGAGAAGGGAGGUAAUGGAGGCUGGUUGAUAAGAGACUUGCUUGUGUUUUGGUUGUUUUUUUUUGCGGAAUAUGCGGAGAGAUGGCACAUGCGGGGGGACAAAAGCAGAGGACGAUGUAGGAAUUCCUGACUGAAGUCAUGGGCUCGGAGGCGAUGGAGGAUUGUGUGCAGGGGGCGCUGUCAUCGCUCUACCCUCCUUUUGAGAGCACAGCACCACCCCUCCUCUCCCAGGUCUUUUCAGUCCUGGAGUCGACCUAUCAGCACGACAGUCUUCGCUACCUCCUGGACUACUUCGUUCCUGCCAAGCACCUCCUGCACAAACUCCAGCAGCACGCCUGCUCUCAGUACCUGGGCUGCUUGUUCCUUCACUCCGGCUGGCCUCUGUGUUUAGGAGAGAAAGUGGUCGUACAGCUCUCCACCCUGGACUGGAGGAUCCUGCGGAGUUACGACUUCUACCUGCAGGUGGUGCCCUUCUCUACGCGCUGCCCCCGGCUGGCCCUGAAAUGUUUGGCCCCUGGCGGGCGCACCGUUCAGGAAAUCCUGGUACCCGAGUCCCAGCACCCCCUCGUGUUCACCACUGAGUGGCUGCACAGCGUGAACAAGGAACGAGGCCAUAAGAGAGAACUUGGAGGAGGACUGGACACCUGCCUGGUCAGUACAUGUGACGGUGUGGUUCGAAUUCCAUGGAAGGAGGUUGUCUACCCCAAAUUCAUCCACGACCCUUCUGAGGAGCUGGGCCUGAUGUCCAACCGCAAGCCCAGUGAGGGGGGCAGCACCCUCGGGGGCUGGGGGGGCUCGUCCUCGGGAGAACUGGACUCCUGGUCCUGGGAUGAGGAGGAAGACGAUGGUUUACCACCAGAUAGAUCGGACUCUGAGCCUGCACUUCUUCGGAGAAGGCGCAGCGAAGAUGGGCUUGGGCGGACAGCGAGGCACCCUCAGCUGGACGGGGACUAUGUGGAGCUGUUGGAGCCCAGAGUGGGUCCCGAUGGAGGGGUUGACACAAGGCAAAGGUACCUGGAGAUGCAUGGAAUUUGUAAGACCAAGACUUUGCCCCUGUGCAGGAGAGGCAAAGCCAUAAAACUCCGAAAGGGUAGGGCUUGGGGAUAUGGGAGACUGGAAGGGUCCGGAAGCUUUCGAGCUGUCCUCGGUUCCAAAAGGGACGUAGUUACCCCAAAAGGUGACAUUUUACCACAAAGGCCUCCACGCACAGUCCCUGACCGUGGAAAAGGGAGGCAGUCUUACUCCUCUUCUGUCCACGACUCUGAUGAGGGAGAUAAAACCAGCAGAGACUCUGAGGGUCUGGAGAGCCACCGGCCUUAUUUUGAUAGCCUGUUCAAAGAGAGAAGGCCCGGUGUGGGCAAGGAGAGAGAUAGCAGCAGCCUCACACAGCCGUGCAGAGACAACCUCAGGGGUAAAGACUCAGAGAGCACCGAUAGUUCUGUCAGUGACUCGAGGAACCUCAAAGUCGGGCAUGUCAUAGACGGCCACUCAGAUCACGGAUCUCAUUCAGACUCUGUUUUUGAGGAUGCAGAAAAAACAGUGAACGAAGACAGUGACGCCACAACCCCAACGUCAGAUGCAUCGGAGAGACCCUAUACCGGAGUUUUGGAAAGUGGAGAAAUUGUUGGAUCUAAACUGAAGAAUUCGUCCAAGCCAAAGGCGAACAAGGAAAGGGAUGACGGAAAGACAGAGGACAGAGCUUGUGCCACAGGAAAGGAAGUUAAAACUGGAUUCAGAGUACCAAGGAGGAAAAGGAAGGGAAAGGGGGCCAAAGGGAGGGCUAGGUCGGGUGGUCGUGUACACCAGAAGGGAUCAAAACUGCAAGGUAAAACUGCACAACCAAUUCCCACGACCCGCUCUGCCUUGCCAAAGCUACCGAUCACCGAGGAGGACCAAUCAAAGGCAAGGAAACGGGUAGACGAACCUGACGGAGUGCCGGCUUCAACUCAUCAGGGGACAGGGGAUACAAGGAAAAGCAGUGCAGAUAAAGAAGCCGCAUCUUUGCUUGUCUGCAAUGGCCAAUCAGGCACAUCUAUACUUAACCACUCUAAAGAGGAGGGAGGGUCAGGACAGACAAGUCCCAACCAACUAAAUGGUGUUACAUCGAAAGAGCCUCCCCUGCUGAGGGAACUGGACCGAGAGUUUCUACAGUCAGGGAAGCUAAAGUUGACAGGGACAGUGGACAGGCUGGGACGCGCUCUGGUGGUCACAGAGACGGAUGCAUCAGUGGAGGGCGUCUCGGAGGAGGAGAUGGCCCGGGUCUUGGCCUGUUACCACAGAAUUACUCGGCCUGCAGCUAAAGAAAAAGGUCUCACGGUGCUAAUGGACAGCAGGCGCGCUCCGCCCUCCACCCUCUUUCUCGCUGCCCUUAAAUCCUUCCAGGUGUCGGUACCGGGCGGCCUGGGAUCUGUUCUGGUUUUGUUGGGAGAGCAGCAGGAGUCCCUUUCUCAUGACGUGGAAGGAGCCGAGAUCCACGUGGCGCGAGGAACAGCUGUCCUUCAGCUGCACGUCGACAAGCAGCAGCUGCCCCAAGAGAUGGACGGAGACUUCGCCCACUGUCACGCUGACUGGCUGGCCUUCAGACUAAGCCUGGAGAGUCUGACGGAGCACUGUGAGGGCGCCGUCGCGCUCCUCGGAGAAGCCCUGCGCUCUAUGGACACCGAGCCCAUGCCGGACGACAUCAAGGCCGUCCCCCUGAGCAUCGUCAAACACGGACAGCUCAUGGCGAGCGUCCUGGCGGACCCGCGCUUGACGGAGCCACAGCAAAGGGGCGGGGCAUGGCUCGCAGGGCUGACCAAUAGCGCAACUGGGCUGGCGCAGAAGUCGCCGGACUGCAGAGCUGCUCUCGCCGCGACCUCUAAACUCUAUGACAGCGUGGACGACGCCCUCCACCGGCUCGUCCGAGUGUCCAACCAGAGGGGUCGCGACCUGGAAGCUCUGGGACGACUGGCGGGGCUGGUGGACAAACUGGAAAAGUGUGAUAAGGAGAUUGAGCAAGUCCAGUCCCAUCUGGAGGACUACAAGGACCCUCCUCUGUCCCUCAGCAGGCUCUCGCUCAAACAGCAAAAGUUCAAAACCUUCAGAGAAACGGCCGAUGGGCUGCACAGCGAGACUCUGGCGGUGCUCGGCGAUUUGGAGGGCUGGCGCGAGCUGGACUGGGCGGGCCUGAGCGCCGUCCAGAUCCGACUUCCCCCUGUCAGGGAGAAGCUGCGAGACAUGUCCCACUGUCUGUCCGACUGCUGGACCACCCUGGACAACACGCAGAGGCUGCUGUCCACGCUGACCGAGGCCACCCAGUGGUGCGAGGUGGUGUCCUCCUCGGCCUCCUCCACCUGCCCUCUGGCCUCCCUCCCCCCGAUCCCCCCGUCCCGUUUCCAGGACGCCCGCUCGUUGGCCAUGGAGCUGGGCGGCGGGGCGCUCCUGGACCUCUGGACGCAGACGGUGGAGCGCUACCAGCGGACGGUGGCGCAGGUCAAGCCGCGCUUCCUACAGACGGACCGGGCCCAGAACCAGGCCCCGGGGAGGCCGAAGACGCCGUCCGCCAGCAGCCUGUGGGACCUGAUGGGUCCCGAGGGACAGGGCGACUGGGGACUGGGGGCCGGAGGAGGCGACGGGGGGCUGCAGUCCUGGGGGUCGCUGGCGUCGCUCUUCCGACCGCAGACCUGCUCCACGCUGAAGAUCGGGGAGGAGAAGGGGACGCGGAAGGAGGGAGGCGGGGCGGGAGGUGGAGGGGGCGGAGCCGGCGGGGGGAAUUUCCUGCAGAACCUUCUGAAUCCCGCAAAGAAAAGCCCCACAGAGGCGCCGCUCCCUGCGAAGCCGCCCAGGAGGCGCCACCCGAGCUUCGACCUCCAGGCCCUCCUGGCUCCCCGCAGAGCCACGGCCUCCCCGAAGCCCGCAGAGUCCCCGGUGGGCGGGGCCAGCCGCAACUCGCCCAUGUCGUGGCUGGGGAGGCGGGCGGUGGCCGACCCCGUGAUCGCCACCAGCAUGGCCGCGGCCAUCCCUGGAUGGGGAGGAGGAGGAGGAGGCGGAGGAGGCGGAGGAGGAGGAGGAGGAGGGGGCGUGUUGAUUCGAGGGGUGGAGGUCAGCAGCAAAGAGGUGGUGGACCACACGGGGUCGCCACGGCAACACGUGCUGCUGGGGAGGACGGAGAGGGAGACGGGGGCCGAUAGGGCCGGAUCGACUGCACAGAGUAAACUGUACCUGCUGUGGUGCAGGAUGCUGAGCUCCGAGAGGCAGUAUGUGGCCAUCCUGAAGGGGGUGGAGGAGACGUACCUCCCCUUGCUGGAGCUCUCGGACACACCGGCCUCCUUCAGGUGGAAGGCGGACGUCCUCUUCCCCAACUGGGCCGCACUCAGCGCCUUCCACUCGCAGAACCUUCUGCCGGCCAUGGAGGGCGCGCUGGUGCAGAGCCUGCUGCAACAGGACUGCUUCAGCAAAUAUCGGGAGCAGUUCCUGCAGUACUCCCACUACAUCAGGAACAAACCAGAACUGGACUCUCCGCUGGUCACUCAGGCCGCCGACUUCUUUAAGUCCAAACUGCCCCCGGCCUCCCCCCUCUCCCCGCUGUCCUUCCCCCACUGCCUCCAGGCCCCCACGCAGAGGCUGGAGCAGUACUGCGAGGCCCUGGAGGAGCUGGGAGGGAUGAACCCCGCCUCCGACUCCGCCCUCUCCAUCCUGAGACACGCUCAGCGGCACGGCGAGGACCUCCGGGCCAGCGACCUCAUCGUGGGAUGUCCGAUCCCGGUGGCGGAGCGCGGCGAGCUGGUGCGGCACGGCGAGCUGAUGGUGUGCGGCGGCACCCGGAGGAAGCGGGCGGGCGUGAGGAACGUUUUCCUCUACCAGCACGCCGUCGUCUUCGCCAAACAGAAGAGCCCGGCGCCGGGACGCUCCGCCUACAGCUACAAACACAGCAUCAAGACCGGCGAGAUGGGCCUGACCCAGAGCGUGGGCGGCGAGGGGCUGAAGUUCGAAGUCUGGGUGCGGCAGGCUCCUCGGACCCGAGACUGCGUCACGCUGCAGGCGAAGGACGCCGAGGACAAGGCGGCCUGGACCCGGGACAUCGCCCAUCUGCUGUGGACACACGCCAUCAACAACACCGAGCUGUGUCUGAAGGAGUCGCUCUGCAUGGGCAUCUCCAGCAAGCUGCUGCUGGACGCCACGGGGACGCCGGGCCCAGAGCUGGACUCCGUCUACUGUCUCAACGACAGAGUCCACAGUAGCUGCUCGGACUCCUCCUCCGUCGGCAGUCAGAAGGAGGGGGGAUCCCCGGCGUCUGGAAGGGACCCCAGGAGAAGCUCCGGAUCAACGACUUACACCCAGAGUCAGUCGCCCUCCACGGCCGUGUAAGCCGCCAUCUCAACCACAGUGAGUUACUCCUGUUAUUACACGUUUCCUUUCUCCUUUUUCUACCGCAGGUGUAAGUUGCCUGCGUUAAAAAGCGACACUGUAUUAUUGCAUUAAUUUGGGUCUCCUUUAACUUUUUCUUUCAUCAGAAAACUGGAACCUGGGGCUUUUUCAAUCGCUUCAAUAAAGCCCAACCGGACCACCAGGACCAAGAGACGAGGGGACUUGGACUUUCCCAGCUUUACCCUUCACCUCCCUAAAACGAGUGAAAUGCCAGCAGAUUAGCUGAAGUUAAACCACCCGGCUCUGAUAUGAACCCCACGGGAAGGAGAAGAAAAAACAGCUGCCACCAAGACACCCCACCCCCUGUCCCCCUGCCCCCCCCUAAAAAAAAAGAGGAUCAAACUCCCCCGUUCAAACCACGACAAGCACCAGCGGGGCUCUCCGCGCGCCUCCAUCUUGGAUCUGCCAGCCUCAGUUGCCGGCGGAGUCAUUGACACCAGUGGCACUUCGGCCACACAAGUGCGCCCAUUGUUUGCCCCCCCCCCGCGGCCCCUCCACUAGGCCCAACCACUUGGUCUGAACCACUGACUGCCCCGCCGGCCGCCCGUACGCACCACGUGCUCCAUCAUCUGACAAUGAGCAGGAAGUACUACGCAGGGGCGUAAAUCCACCGCGGGGGUCGCAGAUCUGGAAUGUGUUACGUCCACUCUUUCGCCGCGCCGAGCGGAGCGCCGUGGGGCUUUUCUUUUCCUUUUUCUUUUUUUUUUUUUGGCCUUUUGUAAAAAUGUGUGGCAUUGCCUAGGUGUGAUUGCAUCUAUGUAAAUGAGGCAGGGGUGGUGUGCGCUCGCACACACACACACACACACACACACACAACGUGCAGUCAUUCUUAUUGUUGUAAGACAGUGGAGCUCUAUUCACAUCCACAUGCUCACAAGCCCUCGCCGAGGCCGCCUUAGAGCCUGGCACAGCAGCUAAAUCAACAGCUACAUCUGAUCACUCGCGGCGAGGCUGUUUGUCCAAGCUAGCGGCGCGGUAUUAGCCGGACGGAGCGCUACUCAGUCUCCCUUUAAAGUAGACCUCACGUCGGCAACGCCGGCUUCCUGGUGCUCUUGUAAGUAUACUGACAAGGUAUCUAAUACUAAAAACUUUUGAUGUUCCAUAUUCGUAAGUGCCAGGAGGUAUAAAAUGGGUGUCUGUGCAAUGUUGGUGCAUGUACAAAGACGUGUUUGUAGCAUUCGGGGCGCCCCGGUCUCCAUGAGAUGGAGAGAGGUGGAUCUGUUUCAUGUGCUUUGUUCUGGGUUUUGUGCUCGCAGCCAGAAUACAUGAAGCACAUUAACGUUAAAGAGUUUAUUUGACUAAAAGAGAGGUUUCCAGGCCCCGAAAGGCUUCUUUGCAGCUCUGUUUUGGAAUUUUUGAGUCUCAUGAUGAUCAUGAUGGAUCGGUUUGACAUUUUGAGAAACGGUGUUGCCGUCUUGACCACGAAGUAAAUUCGAGAUAGCUUAGCUUAGCAUAAAGAUUGGAUACGGCUAGCCUGCCUCUGUGCAAGGGUGACAAAACUAUCUGCCAAAGAUCCAGUUAAUCAAGACUAAGUGCUUAUGUCCUCGGUUAAGGCAGAAAGAAAGACAGCUGGCGGUUGUCAACUUUUUCUUGGCUCGGCUGUGUAACUUCCUGGAGUCUAAUCGUCACCGUGAGGUUGUUAGAAAAACAGAAUGACAAAAACAACUCCUCAUUUUGACAUUUAGCUUUUCGAUGAGUUUAAUUAAGAGGUGCUAGAAGGCUGGUUUGAGCUAGGCUAACCCUGUUUCCAGGCUCCAUGCUAAGCUAAGCUACGCAUGCUAAGGCUAGCCACAUGCUGACCCGAGAAAUGCGAGCGGUUAACACCCUUCAUCUUUCAGCUUUCACUACGGAAUGUCGAAACCCAAUUUCUUUUAAGAUGUCAUGCCUCAGACGUAACGCGACAUGUGAUAGAAAUAACUUCCACUUGUAAAACACCAGCUAGACCUUUUAGCUCAUGAGUCACGGCUCCUUGAGGAGAAACGCGUCUUCCCCGAGCUUCCUGCCUGGAACAUCUUCAUACGAUGACGACGACGAUGAAGCAGCCAAAACCAAAAGGUAUCAUGUUCAUUUAGGACAGUUAAGACCGUCGUCCAUGACGGGGGAUAGCAUGCGGUUCAGUGUCAAACAAGGUCGCGCUAAAAGGUCAAACAGCCAUCAGGCGGCGGCCCGAGGGAGGUCGCGCUCGCCACCGGCACCACAUGCAGCACGUCUCACAUCUGCAUUCCAAUUCAAAAUAUUGCAAACGGCUAUUGGGCCCGUUUCCAAAUCGAUACGCCAUUUGUUGGGCCGGGCGAAGCCUCCGCGCCCUUCGCGGCGCUUUGGUGCGUCGCGGCGUCCUGGAAGCCAUGCAGUGACCACCAUCGUUCACUCUUACCGCAGCACGGAGCGCCACGCGAAGAACUCCCCACUUUUGCACGCCGCGCGGCGAGACAGUGUUAACGCGUGGAAACUUUUCUCUCACUCUGCCUGGUGUUUACAUUUUAUUUUGGCGGAGGAAUGCGGAGCGAGGAAUGUCGGAAAUUCAUGUUAUGCUUACUUGAUGAUUGUACUGUGUUUCCUUUUUUUUUUUUUUACUUGUCUGUGUUGAAUUAAAACUGGAUCCAA